AUGAAAAAGUCUAUCAGUGUGGCACAUGUGGCUGAUGAGGACCGUGUUCCUUAUGUGACAUAUCUUCUUCGUGGAGUUUCAGCCGCAUGGUGGGACAAUCAUCUGCUGAUGAAAGCACCAGAUGCAAUCAUUACCUGGGAUGAGUUUCAGCUACUCUUCAAGCGUCAUCACAUCCCUGACAGCAUCAUGGAGAGAAAGCGAGAAGAGUUCUGCAAUUUGUCUCAAGGCAGCAACACUGUGCUGGUUUAUAGAGAUGCUUUCUUAAAACUGGCUCGUUAUGCUGGAGAUGAGGUAUCUACGGAUGCCAAAAAGCAAGCCAUGUUUCGCAAAUGCCUGAAUCCGGAGAUCAAGUAUGCUAUACUCUUGGUCAAGUGCAAUACCUUUGAGGAGCUCGUUAACACAGCGCUCCAAGAAGAGUAUGGUCGUGCAAUGCUAGAAGAGUCUCGUAAGCGCUCUCGUGAAGCAGCUUCUUCCUCAGCAACUGCUAUGCCUCCUCGGAAACGUAGGAUUUGGGUUCCUUAUGCUGCUCCUGCACAACCCACCUACAUGCCUGAACCGAGUGGUUUUGUUUCCCGCCCACCCACCCCUGUUGUUGUUCCAAGGGGCUCUCAAGUUCAUCAAAGGUCUGGCAAUCAAGCUAAGCAAAGUCACCGUGUUGAUGCUCAGCAAAGGCCUAGUUCUGAAGUUCUAGCAAGACCAAUGGGUCCUAAUCCUUCCUCAAGAGCAUGUUUCAAGUGCGGUGAUCCGGGACAUAUUUCAAUUCACUGUCCCCAAAACAAGCAUCCUCCAAUACAACCUUGCCCUCCAACAAAGGCGAUGGUUCGUGUUCCUGCUCCGUCAAAGGCUUUCAACUAUAACAAUAAGCCUGGUACGAGAAGUGUAUGGGUGAACAAUGUCACAGCUGUCCAAGCAAAAAGGGCACCUGACAUCGUGCUUGGUGUUCUUCCUGUGAACUCGAUCCCAGCAAAAGUUCUGUUUGAUACAGGAGCGGCACUUUCUUUCGUCUCCUCAAGUUUUGUUCAAAGGCAUGAGUUACCUAUGGUUCCACUGCCCAAUAACCUCACGGUGAACUCCCCGGGAGCACAGAUGACAGUUUCCAAGAUAAGCCAUGGGAAUCAAAUUCUCAUCGGAAGCUGCCACAUAGUCUAUUCACCUUCUGAGACACCUUCCGUUCAGCUCUUCGCUUUGAAUCCUAGCUCUCUUCCGGAACUUGAGUCUAUACCGGUGGUUUGCGAUUUUCCUGAUGUCUUUCCUGAAGAACUUCCGGGUAUGCCACCUGACAGGGUUGUUGAGUUCGUCAUUGAACUAGAGCCUGGUACAGCUCCUAUCUCAAAGCGGCCUUACAAAAUGGGUCCAAAUGAGUUGGCUGAACUCAAGAAGCAGCUUGAUGAGUUGCAAAAACUUGGUUUCAUUCAGCCAAGCACUUCUCCAUGGGGAUGUCCUACCAUCUUCAUCAAGAAAAAGGAUAAAACUGAUCGAUUGGUGGUUGACUACCGCCCUCUCAAUGAGAAAACGAUCAAGAAUACAUAUCCUCUUCCUCGCAUCAAUGAGCUCUUUGAUCAACUUGCGGGUGCAACUGUGUUCUCUAAGAUGGAUUUGAGAAGCGUCGUCUAUCUUGGCCAUGUCAUUUCGGGAAAAGGCAUCACUGUCAAUCCUGAAACAGUGAAGGCAAUCGUUGAAUGGCUUCCUCCGAAGAAUGUCAAGCAAAUACUUCUAAGCCUUUGCAGAUAUUCUGUGAUGCCUCUCUUCAUGGGCUAG